UCAAGUACGGGUGCAUAGAUGAUAAGAGUAGCACAUGCAUUCUCCUCAUUAUCUAGGUUAAAUUUCAUAUAUUUUACAAUAAUAUCUUUUGUAGCACAAACAAUUGUUACGGGAUAAGUAAGAUAUAAAAGCGAUGGAAGCACAAAAGAAACGAGUGGAAGACAAUGUGACGAGACUGGUCGAGGAAAUUGAUAAGUCUGUUUUACGGAAAAUGCAGAGGGAUAUGCAUAGGUGCGCUGCUUCCUGUUGUGAAAAUGAAACAUACACCGCGCAAAAAGUGCAAAAUUGUGUGGAAAAUUGUACCACCACUUUGCACAAAGCGCAACAAUAUGUCCAAGGAGAAUUUGAUCGAGUGCAGAAUCGUCUGCAGAGAUGUAUAAUGGAAUGCAAUGAUGAUAUAAGGGACAAGAUGGGUCCAAAUCCUACACAGACAGAAAUAGACAGAUAUAGCGAACAAUUCGAGAGGUGUGGUACUAAGUGUGUAGAUUCUUAUUGUGAUUUAUUGCCAUCCCUGGAAAAUACCAUGAAAAGAGUUUUGAGUAAAAACGAAUUUCUUUAGUAUCUGGUUUAGUCAAUUUAUAAGUUGAAUUAUAACUUACCGUCAUACUGUUGACAUUUAUAAUUAAAUAUACAUAUAAAUGUGUUCACAGUUAUGUAAGAAACAGAAAUUUUGUAAACGUACUGAAGGUAUGAACUAGAUUUACAUAUACAACAUAUGAUAUUGUAUAUAAUAAAAAAGAUACUGUUUGAAUAGACAAUUUCCCAAAUACUGAA